GUUUGUCAGUGCCACUGUCAAAAUUUUGUUUGCUAUUUGCUAGUCGGUAUCCAAUAAUAAUUAUGGUGUGAUAGGUAAAUUGUUGUUUUUCUAAUUGAAGUGUAAAGAUAUGCGUAUUUAAAAAAAAUAUUAUGCUUGUAUUCAUGUUUAAAUUGCAUUUUAAUAAUCAUUAUUGAUACCAAUUAUUAUUUGUAAGCUAUGGUAUAGUGUAAUAUACAACUGGGAUUGCAAGCUUCAGAUUAACGAUUGACAGCGCUGAUUCUCAACAUCUCGACACAAUUUAAAUUUUCAUGUUGACCCGCUGCCCAAUCCGCUAGUCAUGAGAGCAGUUGCCGAUAAAUGGAAUUUGGGAGUGAAGGCCAGGUCUCGCUCGGUCACGAUUUGAGGAGUUUGGAGACAGUUCGCGCUCUCCACCAAACUGUAAUCUCUCUCCGCGUCGCUUUGGAGCAAUCUCGCGCCGAGCUUCAUUCGCUGCGCUCAAAGUUCCAGACUAAUUUUGAUCAGUCCCUUUAUACCAGCACUAUUGAGAAAUUAUCGUUGGAGAAUCAUAUUUUGAGACAACGGGCGCUUUCAGCUAGUCACGGCAAUUUGAACGCUAUUACUAACGGUACAAGGGCUGUGUCGGCUAGCCAUGGCAAUUUAAGUGCUAUUUAUGACGUCCCCAGGACUGUAUCGGCUAGUAACGGAAAUUUGAAUGUCAUUCUAGACGUGCCCAGAAUAUUGCCAUCUAGUAAUGGAAAUUUGAAUUCUAUUCUUAACGUUCCCACCACUGUGUCACCUAGUACCGGAAAUUUAAAGACGAUUUUGAAGGUUCCUAGAUCUGUAUUAUUGUCUGAUAACGAAAAUUUGGAGGCAUCACCCAGGUCUGUUUCCUAUAGUAACAGAAAUUCAAAUACGAUUUUAGACACCUCGAAGGCUUCAUUCUCUAGUAAUGGGAAUUUAAAAACAAUAUUGCACGCUCCCCCACAAAUAAAAGUCUCAAUGGAACCAGACACUGUGAAAGAGAAAGAAUCAGAACAAGUAACAGAUGAGCUAGAUGAAGUAGUGGAAGAGGACGAAGUAGAGGGUUACGAUGAGAGAGAUGAAGUGUUUGAAACAGAUAGUGAUAAUCUACAGAAUGGAGAGGAAAAUAAAACAGGGGAUGAGGAGGAUGAUAAUAAGCCGAAGAUAACCAAAGGAGAGUCGGAGGACUCUGAGGAGGUGGAUGAUAUUGAGCUCAUAUUCACGACUGAGGACACCAAAGAGUUGAGUGCACUUCAAGAGGAUCUAGUUUCGAUUGCUGAAACUGACUGUUGGCCUAGUAAAGGUGGUGGCAAUGACGGUUUGGAUGGUGAUACCAAGAAACGAUGGACACAUUCUGUGCUGGUUGAGACAGAUAUUUCCAAGUGUGGCAUAUUUGAUGAGAAUGAUGAGCCUCACAUGCCUGAUCAGGGAAGACGGUAUACCUUACCGGAUCCCGCUCCUCACCGCCCUAUAAUCCGCACAUUGUCUGGUAGUAGAAGUCAGUUGCUGGAUUGUAGUGGUAGUACACCACAGCCCACACGACCGUUGGCUGUCAAAUUUAUGCAGCACAAUAAUAGCAUCAAACAACGCACGGCUCGUCCGAUUUUGGUAGAGAAGGAGACAAGUAAACAGGAGUCAGAAGCUCAGACAGAUAUCACAGCGCUUCCAGCCCACUGGCGGUCGGAGAGUUAUCUGGCACACAAGGUGUCCUAUCAGUUCACGACGUUACCGUCUAAAUUCGCGUUCCCUGUGCAGACUCCUCCCAGAAAGCACUCGUUGAAGCUGUGUGAGAAGACACAGGAGGCUAGGAGGGUGUUAUUGUCUGAUAUCAAUUUCACAAGUAUGGUGCCGGAGUUGUCUAGGAGUGCUGAUCAUCUGUGUAAUAAUGAGGGCGUGAAUAUCAAUGCGAGUAUGUUGUGUAAAAAUUAUCCGCGGGCCUUUUCCUACAUGAAGAACCCGGAUGUGAUGUGUUCGGGAUGGUCGCCAUGUGAGUGCACGGGCCAGAUGAGCAGCUGGGAUUGCUACAGGAGUGGAGGCGGAUCUUCGAUGUUGUCGAUGAUGCAGUCGCCGUCGGCCCAGGACCUAGUCGACCACCAACCCAGGAGGCGUCACUCGAUGCGGCCAAGCACUUCGUCGACGGACACGUGUUGGGGUUCGAUGACGUCACGCGGAGGCGCCAACUGGUCGGUGCCCUCGUCACCGACGCACUGUCGUCGCUCGAGGAGCAUCCCCUUGCAUCAGGACGGUGGGGUGGGGGGAGGGAGCGGCCGCAGGUCGGACUCGAGGUUUAUGUCGUCAUCAGCGUCGUGUGGACGCGCCCCCUUCCGCAAGGCUAGGAAUCGGGUCACCUUUCAAGAGGGGCGGUGCCGGCGCCCCGGCCAGUCGCUACCCGACCUGCGCCUGCCGCUGGAGGUGGCGGACAGUGGCGAGGACUCGACCGACUCGCUGAUCGAAGAGUCAGAGGACUUCCUGCGCCAGUCGAUCGACUCGAUGCUCACCGGAGCCAGAGCCGACUACUCGCACCUCAGUCGCCACAGACGCAAGCCGCGCCGCCACUCCGAUCCUGACCCCAUCACAGAAUACGAGCCGCCGAAAUCAGCGCAACCGUUCCUGGCACGUGUUGCGCGCGACCUGAAGCUGGACUACUGGGUGAAGGUGAUUGGCCCGGAUGGCGGUGGAGCGGGGGGCGGCAGAGUGGUGGUGGGGCGAGUGAAGUACGUGGGUCCUCUGCCGGGCGGGCGAACCGAGCCUCAUGUCGGAGUCCGCCUGCCGAGAGCCAUCGGCAACUCAGACGGCACUGUCGACGGCCGCAGGUUUUUUGACUGCGAACCAGACCAUGCAGUUUUUGUGCCAUUCAAGAAGGUUGUAAUGGCGUGGAGCAACUGAGGUAAUUACUCAAUCAUUCAUCUCAUUAUUCUACUUCUAUUUUCUAAGCUGGCAUUGAUUCCUAUAAAUUAUCAUGUAAUACUAAUGACUAGUGAAUUAUCUCUGUCUUACGAAUUGGAAAAUAAUUAAUUGGGUGGUAAAUUGUUUUAUUGUAAAAACACCUAACUAACAAAAUACCCUCUCUACCUGAAUAACCGAAGUACCUAACAUUUCAUUUCAAUCAAACGUUAUAUAUACUUCAUUCCUGGUCAUGUAGCUGUUUUAAAUGUAGGGGUGUCCAUAGGGCGACCUU